AAACGUAAGUCAUUCAAUAGUUGGUAAACAGUGUGAUGUCUGGGUUACAUUUGUAAAAACAGUCCUUAAUUAAUUUCUAUAGUCUGUAUUUCAUGUAUUAAUUUUGUUUACUUUCCUCUUUCCCUAAAAACAUCCUUGGGAAAAGCCAUUGAAAUGCAUCGAGUGGAAAAACAUUUAAUCGGAAUGAUCUUAACUAUCCAUCAAAGGAUUCAUACAGGUGAGAAACCAUAUAAAUGCAUGGAGUGUGGAAAGAUCUUUAUUUCGAAGCAUCAUCUUACUAUCCAUCAAAGAAUCCACACAGAGAAGCCAUUUAAAUAUAUGGAGUGUGGCAAGACUGUUCAGAACACUCAUCUUUCUUCCCAUAGCAAGAUUUCGGGCAAAAUGCAAUGACCCAGAAAGUCAAUCGUGGUUUGCAUAAAUGGGCACUUCUCCUGCUUGGCAAAGAGGUGGUUCUCACAUAGACACUGCAACACUAGCCAAAUAUGUUUCCAAUGCUCUAGUGGGGAGGAUGAGCAGAUCAGGAUGUCGUUGAGUCAAACGACUACAAACUGAUCCAGCAGAUCCCUGAACACAUCGUGCAAAAAAUGCAGUAAAAUGCCAAGCAGAUUGGUCAAGCCAAACAGCAUAACCAUAUAUUCGAAGCGUCCAUAACACAUCUGAAAAGCCAUGUUCCACUCAUCUCCAACUUGAACUCAGACCAGGUUGUAGAUCUCGCAGGUCCAGGUUAGUAAAUAUCCUGGCCUGCUAGAGCCGCUCGAUGAGUUUGAAUUUGGGACUUUCAGACAAACCCCUGUGCAGGUAUGCAGGUAGUGAGCAGCACAUUUCUGGCUGGUGAACUUUACCAACCCUGACAAUCAGAUGAUCUGCAUAUUAUGGACCUGCUAACACUCCAGCUCAAAUACCAACAGGCAAUAGCUAUGUGGAACACUAACUCCUACAUAUGCAACCUGAUGAGCAUGUGGAGGGGUCUUGUGACCACCAGUCCCGAUUGCAGUGGUCAACCAUCAAUUGUCUCCACCAAGACCGGUGAUGUCACCUGCUGCUGGGGAAUGGACCUCUGUGUGGCAAAGUCUGAGUAUGAAAUUAGCAGUGGCUCCAGAGUCCACCUAAACCUUCACAUCUCCCUGACUCGGCAUGGACAUGUUCACUAUGAGCACAAGGUGUUUCAAAGAAGUCAGCCAUGGAGGCUGGGAUUGGCCCAUUGCCAGGUGAGCCCAGCCUACUGUGCUCUGUAGGCUGUGCCCUAAUCAUUUCCCAUUGUCAACUUGGUCACUUUAGCAGAACAGUUGGCUGCCAUAUGGCUUUGUCCACCACAGUACACAAAAAGGCCUUCGUGGCGCCUUCUAUCCUGGGCGUGGGGAAGGUGCAGUCGGAUGGUGCCCAACUGCAUGGGUUCUUCCGAUGGCACCGGCAGCUGUUUGGUGGGUGUCAGGAAGACCUCUGUCCAAGUGCAUCAAUUCUUGGAGCAUGGGGGUGGGGAGUCAAUGAGGAGCAACUCAUCGAGAAAAUUGGAUUUAAGGCCUUCCUGGAACUGGUCCAUUAAGGUGGCCUCAUUCCACUGGAGGUCCUGUGUGACCACCUGGAAGUCGUUAAUAUAAUCCAUGACUGGCCACCGCUCCUGCUGCAACUCUCUCAGGCAUUUGUUUACUGUCUGUGCCUUGACAAACAUGGGGCCUUGUGGAAGGAGCGUGGUUUGGUCACUGCUUAAGGCACUCCCAUUAAAUAUGGGCAGGACAUUUUAAGGCUGCUGGCUGCUGUUUUGCUCCUGCACAAGAUAGCUGUUAUGCAUGUGAGGGCCCAUUGCAAGGAUGAUACUAAACAUGGAAAGGGAAAUACCUUGGCUGACUGCAUAGCAAAGUCUGCCACUUUAGUUCCUCUGUCCCUUUGGUAUGUUGGUGCUCUUGUACCUUCACAUUUGGCUGUGCUGGCUCUGACAUACACCACAGGAUAGGCACAGUGUGAUGACUCAGGGAAGCACAGAGGCAAAACAGUCAACUGGCAGUUGAAACCGUCCUUUAUUUGCUCCAAUUGUCCCCAAAUGCUCCCAUGUUUCUUGCAAGCCCCAGAACAAAGUAAGACACACCCAACCUCAGCAGCUUCUGGCUGCAAGUAGUUUCACAUACAGUUAGAUUAGAAGAGUAAUUUACUCAAGGCCACAUAGAUAACAAGGAAUGAAACAUACAUCCAAAAUCUAACAAGUCUGUGGAAAUACAAGCUUGCCUCCAAGAAAUCAGCAUUUUUUCCCAACAAAUGCCCCUCCCCAUAGUGUUUCCUUAAGUCUCAUUCUCCAGGUAUAUCUUAUGCAGAGGGGCGGGGUGCUCUCCUCCCAAGAAGUUGAGCCUGCCUGUGUUGUUCCCUCUUCUCCACUCUCCAUGCUCUAGGAUCAGGAGGGGGUAGCCCUUGCUAAGAUAAGAUAACCUAGUCAUUUUU